AUGAAACACAAAAGAAAACUUCGUUUAAUUUUUCGUUAUUUGCCCAGACGUUUAUUAUAUACUUUUAUUUAUGCUGUAUUUAUUGUUUUUCUAAUAUAUUUCUACAAAACAGUUACUGUUGAACGUGUGAAAAUUAAAGAAAAUUCUCAAAAAUUUGCAGCUGAUGGUGUUGAUCCUUUUUUGUCUUAUAGAUCUCUUCCAAAGAAGGAUUGGCUAGAUAAAAGUUUUUAUGAAAAGGAGCAGAAAAGGGAAGGAAAUGGGGAGGUUGGCAAAGGAUUUGUUGUUAAAAAAGAAAAUAAUCAGACUUUGGAAAAAAUUUUGGAUACUCUAUACCGUGCAAAUGGAUAUAAUGCCUAUGUCAGUGACCAUAUUGCAUUGGAUAGAAGUGUUAAAGAUAUUAGACAUCCUGGAUGUAAAACAAAAAUUUAUAUUGAAAGACUUCCUUCUGUUUCGGUUAUUUUGCCUUUUCAUGAUGAACAUUAUUCAACAUUGUUGAGAAGUGGAUAUUCGAUAAUUAAUAGAUCACCUUCUGAUGUUCUUAAAGAAAUUAUUUUUGUGGAUGAUUCUAGUACAAAACCAGAAUUGAAAGAACCUUUUGAACAACAUUGGAAAGCUAAAAGUUUGGAUAAUAUUGUGAAAGUUGUUAGAACAAGUAAAAGAGAAGGCUUAAUUCGUGCCCGGGCUAUAGGUGCUCGUGCUGCUAAUGCUGAAAUUAUUAUUUUUUUGGAUGCCCAUUCUGAAGCUAAUUAUAAUUGGUUACCUCCAUUAAUUGAACCGAUUGCUUUAAAUUAUAGAACUGUUGUUUGUCCUUUUGUGGAUGUAAUUGAUUGUGAUACUUAUGAAUAUAGAGCACAGGAUGAAGGAGCGAGAGGUUCAUUCGAUUGGGAAUUUAAUUAUAAACGUCUACCAUUAACUGAAGAAGAUUUAAAAUCGCCAACAAAACCAUUUAAGAGUCCAGUAAUGGCUGGUGGUUAUUUUGCAAUAAGUACAAAAUGGUUUUGGGAAUUGGGAGGUUAUGAUGAAGGUUUGGAUAUUUGGGGAGGAGAACAAUAUGAAUUAAGUUUUAAAAUUUGGCAAUGUCAUGGACAAUUAGUAGAUGCUCCCUGUUCUCGUGUUGGGCAUAUUUAUAGAUGCAAAUAUAUUCCCUUUCCUAAUCCAGGUGUUGGAGAUUUUAUUUCAAGAAAUUAUCGUCGUGUAGCAGAAGUUUGGAUGGAUGAAUAUAAAAAACAUUUAUAUAAAAGAAGACCGGCAUUGGAAACGGCAGAUGAAGGUGAUUUAACUAAACAAAAAGCAGUUAGAGAAAGACUUAAAUGUAAAUCCUUUGAUUGGUUUAUGAAGGAAAUUGCUUUUGAUCAAGAAUAUUUUUACCCAGCUGUAGAACCCCCAGAUGGAGCUAACGGAGAAUUAAAGAAUUUAGCAGCCAAAAAAUGUGUGGAUACUGGAUAUGAAGGGACUGGUUCUAAAUUGAAAUUGGAAAAGUGUAAAAGUGAAGAUAGUUCUGUUAGAGGAGAACAGGAUUUCCGUUUCUCUUUUUGGGAAGAUAUUCGACCUAAAGGAAGAAAUUUGUGUUUUGACGUUGCCCAAAAUCAACCAAAAGCCUCCAUUACAUUGUUUGCUUGUCACGGAAUGAAAGGAAAUCAGCAUUUUAAAUAUCAACCAAAAAAUAAACAAUUAAUUCAUGUAUUAACAUCUUUAUGUUUGGAUUGUGAUUCUUCUACAGGAGAAGUUUUUAUGAAUCCUUGUAGUCCUAAUUCAGAAUCACAAAAAUGGGAAUGGGGAAAUUUAUAUGAAAAUAUAUUGACUGAAUGGGAAUUAAAAAAAGAAAAAAAGGGGAAGAAAAAUUAAAUUUAAAAAAUAUGUUGUUUUUAUUGUGAAAUUACCUUCUUUAAAAAGCAAUAUUAUUAGGGUUGCCGUUUUCGGUUCGAGCUGACGUUCGGUGCAUUUUUCCGAGCCUGGUUUAUUUUCGUUUCGUUUUCGAGCUUUUCGCGCUGAAAAGCCUCGGAUCGCUCGAUCUUUCGUGUUUCGGUUCGUGCGAGCUGGCAACCCUAUUUAUUAUAUCUAAACCUUUUCUCUCUUUAUUCCUUCGCUUGUAUAGCUCAAUUUUAAGAUUCUAUAAAUAUUUAUUAUCAAAAAACUUUAAUUGCUUAAAUCUUUCCAAGCAU